AUGCCACCCCCUCGGUUCAAACUGGCAAUCUUGAUGGCAACUUCAAUUGUACUGGCAGGGUUCAUGCUUUUCGAUUUGGGCGCCCGGGCCAACCUUGGUGGAAAAUUUAGGAAUGUAUCUACAAGUGAAUCGUGGGAUGGUUUUAGGAGUUGGGAACAGCUUCGCCCGAGCAGGGACUUAGUCUGGAGGAACUGUGCUCCUGGUCGCCAAUGCGCUCGUCUCAUUGUCCCAUUGGAUUACUCUAAUCAAGAUUCCGGAGGCGAGGCGGUCAUUGCUCUUGUACGCAAGCCUGCAGUGGUCCCAAAGGACUCCAAGCUCUAUCGAGGACCAAUUCUUUUCAAUCCGGGAGGCCCAGGUGCAAGCGGCGUUGACUUUAUCAUUGGAGAAACGGGAGAUCUCUUCAGUACCAUCCUUGGUCCUGAGUUUGACCUUAUUGGUUUUGAUCCUCGCGGGAUAGCAAGGUCAAUUCCUCGUGUUUCUUUCUUCAAAACAGAUAUCGAAAGAUCGUUGUUUGAUUACGUCUCCUUGCCCCUGGUGAAUGGAUCUGAUGAGGGUAUCCACCGAACAUUGGCCCGCGCCAAAAUUGUGGGCCAGUUGGCCGCAGAAGCUGAUAGUGGGUACUUGAGGCAUAUCAACACCGAUUACACGGCUCGUGAUAUGCUUCGAAUUGUUGAGGCUCAUGGUAGAUCAAAGCUGCAAUAUUGGGGGUUCUCAUAUGGAACCGUCUUAGGGGCAACGUUUGCAGCUAUGUUUCCUGUAAUCAAACACUCAAAAUUGCUGGCCUAG